AUGCUGAAGUAUAACAACAUCAUCAUCUUUGGUGCUACGGGGGAUGUGGGCUCCGCAGCCGCUCUGCAAGCCCACCAUGAGGGAGCCACGGUUUCGCUGGCGACGCGCAACCUGUCCAAAUCCAUCCCCCAACUCGCUCAUAUACCGUUCAAGAGAUACCAGGCCGACCUGACCCGGCCCAGUACCCUAGCUGCGGCCGUUUGCGACGCUGGUGCCAAGGCGGCUUUUAUCUAUGGUGUGUUCGACGACCAGGACUUUAUGAGAGGCGCUCUCCGUACUCUCAAAGCAGCCGGAGUUGAGUUUGUGGUCUUUCUAAGCAGCUUUCUCAUCCUCACCGAUAUUCACAACGUGGACCCCUCUGAUAUCGUUCCCUGGGAGCACGCCCAGGUGGAAAUUGCACUUGAAGAAGUCUAUGGACGUGAUUCGUACGUGACUGUGCGACCGGCCUUUUACGCCAGCAAUCUAUUCCACCAAAAGCAGGCCAUCCAGCAAGGCGAGGUGAGGCUUCCCAACCCGGAGGCGAAGUUUGACUUCAUCUCCUCGAAGGAUAUUGGUCAGGUUGCUGGGACGAUUCUAGCCCACGGUGCCCAGGAACAUAUUGUGCGACUGUUGGGACCCGAGAGGAUGACUUUGAGGGAGGCUGUGGGAAUCAUUGGGGAGGCUCUAAGUCAAAUAGUCCGGGUGACCGCAGUCUCCCGCGAGGAAGGUGCUGCGCAAUUGGAAGCCGCCGGUGUCCCGCCCCCAAUGGUUCAAUGGCACCUUCAUAACGUUAUCGACCGUGCUUCCUUGUAUCUUGAAAGCUCCGAGGCUCUCAUAACUGGCGACAAUAUUUCAAAAUAUGCCCAUCACCCUCCACAACGCUUUCGCGACUGGGUGGAGGAACACAAGGCACGGUUUCUGGGCUGA